CAUAAGUGUCAACUUAACCUCUAAUAAUUUCUUAGAGGUUAGAAUUAUAGUUCAUAAAUCAUAACUGAAGAUGUUCGCCUUAAUUUGUGUUUUGCAGAAUUAAAAUCAAAUAGUUUUCCAAUUACUUGAAAAAAGCCAAAAUGAGUGAAUCAAAGGAAAUACUACCUUUACCGCAAAAGAGGCAUUAUCGUCAAAGAGCUCACUCGAAUCCUAUAGCAGAUCACUGCUUUGAUUACCCUAAACAUCCAGAUUUGAUGGAUUGGUCUACAUAUUACCCAGAAAUCAUAAAAGACAAUUCUAACACUAAACAAGUUGAGUUUGCUGAUAUAGGAUGUGGAUAUGGAGGAUUAUUGGUUACUCUAUCACCAAUGUUUCCUGAAAGUUUAAUGAUUGGAAUGGAAAUUCGAGUUAAAGUGUCGGAUUAUGUUAUUGAUCGUAUUAAAGCUCUGAGAUCGCAAUAUCCAGGACAAUAUCAAAAUAUCGCAUGCUUACGAACAAAUGCCAUGAAAUAUUUACCUAAUUUUUUCAGAAAGGGACAGUUGAAGAAAAUUUUCUUCCUCUAUCCUGAUCCCCAUUUUAAAAAGGCAAAACACAAAUGGAGAAUCAUUAAUCAGUGUUUACUUGCUGAAUAUGCAUAUGUAUUAGGUGUAAAUGGAGUAGUGUAUACAAUAACGGAUGUGAAAGAACUACAUGAAUGGAUGGUUGCACAUUUUUCUGAGCAUCCUUUAUUUGAAAGGAUAAAUGAAGAAGAAGCGGUUGCUGACCCAAUUGUUGAAAAAUUAUAUGCUUCUUCAGAAGAAGGUCAAAAAGUCACAAGAAAUAAUGGUGAUAAAUUUCUUGCUAUUUUUAGAAGAUUAGAGGAUCCUUAUGACAGUAACUAAUAUAUUUUUUAAUAAAAUAAUUCAAAAAAAUAUUUGUUGUAUACUAUCCUUCAUCAGAAAUUUAAAUGUCUCAGAUACAUCUUUGAUUUGGGACUUAGCAAAAUACUUCUUAAGUUCAUUUAUGUCAGUCUUCUUU